AUGUUUCAUUUCAGCUCGGCGCUCGGCGAGAUGACCGUCUUCGGAAAAGAGUUGAAAGUGGGAAGUAAAGAAGCAGCUUUCAUGUAUGGCAUCAUCGCAGCAGGGGUGGCCCAUGCUAUAACAGCCGCCUGCACGCAGGGUAACCUUAGCGACUGCAGCUACGACAAAGAGAAGCAAGGCUUCUAUAGUCAUGUAGAUGGCUGGAAAUGGGGUGGCUGCUCAGCGGACAUCCGUCAUGGCCUGGGCUUCUCCAAAGUGUUUGUGGAUGCUAGAGAGAUUAAACACAGUGCAAGGACGCUUAUGAACCUACAUAACAAUGAAGUCGGACGAAAGGUCUUGGAAAAGAACAUGCAUUUGGAGUGUAAAUGUCAUGGUGUAUCUGGAUCAUGCACAUCCAGAACCUGCUGGAUGACUCUUCCCAAGUUCUGCCAGCUCGGCGUCAUCCUCAAAGACAAAUACACAAACGCUGUCCACGUGGAGCCAGUGAAAGCCACCCGCCACAAACGUCCCACCUUCCUCAAAAUCAAAAAGCCCUACUCCUACCGCAAGCCUAUGGACACGGACCUGGUGUACAUCAAGAAAUCACCCAAUUACUGCAAAGCAGAUCCUGUGACGGGCAGCAUUGGGACUCAGGGACGGAUUUGCAAUAAAACGCUGAUGCAUCAUCCAAACGACUGUGACCUCAUGUGCUGUGGCAGAGGAUACAACACACAUCAGUAUUCACGUGUGUGGCAGUGCAACUGCAAGUUUCUUUGGUGCUGUUAUGUCAAGUGCGACACUUGUAGCGAGAGGACAGAGGUGUACACAUGUAAAUGA